UUUUCUUUCGGCCCCCGGUCCCUUUAAAAGGGAGCCACUCGAUCCUCGGCCAUCGCGGAAAAGAAAUCCAUGGCCUCCAUGGAGGAGGUGCUGCCGAACGCAAUCGUGCCGGGCAUGACCGGAUAUCUAUCCAAUGUCUCGAAGCUGGACAUCUCCAACGAGAAGUACUCCAACGCGCGACGGCAAAGCUUGGACCUAGGCCCACAAAUGGCCGUGGCGACGACCGCCAACCGCCAGUUCGAGGCACAGAAGGAGGAGAUCCUCUACAUCCUCUCAGAGAGUGGGGAUGAAGCGACCCGCGACAAGAUUCUGGACGGGUCCUACGCCUUCACGUUUCUGUACAAGAAGCGGAAGUGCAUCGGGGGUGCCAUCCACAUCGCCUCGUUGCAGAGGGACGGGGAGCUGUUGGAACGGUUGCUGGAGAUGAAGGCGGACAUCAACGCGGAGUGCAAGUACCGAGCCUUUGAGAAGGAGGGGCGCGCAAAGCCCAUCCAUUUGGCGGUGCAGGGCUGCCUCGAGAACGUUCAGCUGUUGAUGAAUGCUGGAGCCGACAUCAACGCGCGUGUGCUGCUGGAUGGCAAGGAACACUUCUGCCCACUGCACGACGCGGUCUUUUUUCGAGACAUGGAGGUGGUGAGAUAUCUCUUAGACUGCAUGGCCAGUGUGGAUGAGACCAACCUGGACGGCAUGACGGCCCUGCACGUGGCCGCCAAGAUGGGCGCCUCGGACCUCGCGGAGCUCCUGGCGCGCUACGGCGCCGACAUGGAGCUCCGGGACAACAGCCGGCGCACUGCCCUGGAGGUGGCGGUGGAGUCCGGGGUCUUUCCUCAGAGGCGGCUGCACCUUUUGGCCCGCUUCCGCAUCGGGGACAUCCUCACGGUGUCCGACCACUGCCCCGGCGCCGCCACGGAGUUCAUCCGGAAUCUGCUCUGCGACUUCGCCGGGGCGGAGUCUGCGGACGCCGUAGCACACCGGCCCCAGGUUGCGAAUGAGCUGCAGAAAGAAGACAGCCUCUCGGUGGCGCACUGGAUCCUGCUCUUAGAGCAGACGCCCGACGCGGCCGACUACUUGUUGGAGAUCCUGACUGUGGAGCCCGAUGAGGACAGUGUGUACCACCACCCCCUGCCGAACCAGGCACGGUUGAAAGAGCUGCGGGCGGACUACAACACCGACCUCACUUGGAAGUGCGACACCGAACAGGGCGUCAGUGAGCGCGCCUGGCCGGAGUGGCACGACCGGCUGUCGCCGGGAGCACGCAGGAACCACGGUGCCGUGAAGAACCAGGCCACCAACAACCGCUUCUCGCGCUUGGGCAACGGCUACUUCAGUUCCGCGGAUCGCGCCUACCGGGCCAUCGAGCGGAACCGCCAGCUGGUGCCGGUGCACAUGCGGCAGCUGCGCUUUCGGGGCGUGGUGUGCUCAGAGGUCUUGCUGGCCCUAAGUGAGACCAAGUAUGUCGACAUCUUCCGCAACCCGGCCAUCGUCGCCUUGCUGCAGUACUGCUGGGAGGCCUUUGUCAUGCGCUGGUACAUGCUGCAGGUAGUGCACCGCGUCAUCGAGCUGCUAGUGCUGUCUGGGUGGACCUACACGAAGGGCAACAGCGCGGAAGUGCCCUACUGGCAGCGGCGCUUGUCGUGGACCAUCCUGCUGGAGAGCGCGGCCCGUGACACCUUCUUCGAGCUCGUUCAGGCGUAUGCAGCGAUCUUCACCUUGCGUGGCCCCGGCUCCUACUUCGGGAAGGUAGGGAACUACGUGGACAUGGCUGUGAUCGUGAGCUUCAACGUCUUGGUGGCGCGGGCCUCUAUGCAAAGCUUCCACCUGGACGACUGGCAGGAGUUCUUCGCGGUCCUAGUGUUUCUGCGGUGGUUCCAGAUGCUCUUCACCUUGCGCGCCUUCAAGUUGGGCGGCAUCGGCGUUAAGGGCAUCAUCCCCAUCCUUCAUUCGGUCAAGAAGAUCGGGGGGAUGAUGAUCAUCUGCUCCUUCGUCUUCGCAGGGUUUUUUCACGCCUUCCUGGUCCUGGACAAUGGCGUCGCUGGCGGUCCUUGGGAGGUGCUGAUCAACACCAUGAAGCUGCUGUUCAUGGUGGAUGGUGAUGGAAUUGUGGGCACCUUGAAGCUGGGUGGCCGCGGCGAUGCUGCAGGCACGGGGGACUACAUCACCGCGGCCUCGCUGCUGAUCGCAGUCAUCAUCUUCUGCAUCAGCUUGCUGAACCUCUUCAUCGCGGUGCACGGCCGCGCCUACUCGGAGGCCCAUGCCCACGCCACGGAUCUCUUCCUGCAGGAGCGGUCCAGCAUUUGCUUGAGCUGCAUGGUGCAGCCUCAGCUGCCCUGCCUAGCCCGAGGGCGAUGCUGGCUGGUGUUCUGGUGCAUCCUGUCAUUCAUCCUACUCGGACUUUGGGUGCUUUGUAUUGUUAUCGAGGACUGCCCCGCCUGGUUGGCCGCCUUCAUUUUAUUCUUCGCCUUCUACCUGUUGAACGGCUGCUUGCUGGCGUGGCCAUGGGCCAGCGAGGAGGUCCGAAGGGAGAGCUUCCUCUGGUGGUGCGCCCCCAGCGGUCGGAAGUACGGGAACUCCGGCGAGGAGGCGGAGAGUGAGCGGCUCAUCGAGGACAUGGCGGAGCGGCUGGUGAGGCUGGAGAAGCACGUGGACGAGCUGCGGCUGGGCAGUAUGCAGCCCCGGACCCCGGCCAACCUGAAGCAGACCCGCCAGUCCUGGCGCUGAGGAUCCAGGGAGACUUCUCCGGUGAACCGGCGCCGUUUUUCAAUGCGGCCAAAGUCGCGUUUUAUGUUGAAAAGGCCCGCGGUUCACGAAAUGACCCCCUC